AUGAGAGAAGUUUUCUCAACUACCUCUUGCUGGAAGUUUAGUACUGAACUGCCAAGAAACAUGGACUAUCAGAUUGCAUCGGUUUUCUUGGAUCUGCAGCUCAAGUCUCCAACUGGGUUCUUCGGUCUAGUCAAGGGGUGGAAGGAAGGAGCCAUAACCGAAGCAGAGCCAGCAACACCAAAUCCCUCCAGCCGAUCACCAAAUCCUCACAACAGCAGGGGCUUGAAAAUAGUAGCUGAGAACCCACCUGAGCAAGGACAGGAGCUCGCCGGAAAAGGAGGACCUGCUCACCCGAACCCAGAGAACGCCAAAGCAAUAGAAGAACUUCUGAAACCCAGGUCCAAACCCACGCCAUCAGCAGAAAAGAACCGGCAUCACCCAGCCAUACACCGCAACCACUUACCACAGCAAACCAAACACCACCAAACCAAAAUACACAAACCUCAAAACCUCAACCGAAUCACUGAAGAAGUUAAUGAAGGUGAGAACAAUCUGAAUGUUGAGAAGCCUGCUGUAGAGGAGGAUGCAGUGAAUGGAAACACAGAAACUCCUGCAAAAGAAGUCGAAGAGAAGGAACCUGAGAAUAAGUCUGUCAGCAUCAACGAAUUCUUGAAGCCUGCUGAGGGUGAGAGUUACUACAGUUCUGGUGGUCGGGGUCGGGGGCGUGGUUCCCGUGGAGGCCACAGUGGAACAAGUCAUAUACAAGCACCUUCAAUCGAAGAUCCAGGCGACUUUCCUACAUUGGGUGCCAAAUGA